GUCAGGACAGUUGAUCGCAGCCAUAUUACAUGUGGCAAAGAGCACCGACUGUAACAUGUGACAUCCGCUGGGGUCUAAAGGGUCACCCCCAAUGCAGUCCAGAUGGCCGGAGGAGUUACCGUCACCGUGCGCCUCGUGAGAUCCUUUCAGCAUCGGAAUUUCCGUCCGGUUGUUUACCGGGACGUGAGCGUGGAUCAGACGGUGCAGGACUUUGUGGAAUUUGUCCGAGGAGAUGUGGCGCAGCGGGACACGUUACCUCCCCCCUUCAAGAGACACUCGUACGACACAAUGAAGAUCAUUCACCAGCCACACGGAUCUAAGAGCAAUGAUCUUGUUGUCAGUCUAGAGGACGACGAAAAGCUGAUCCUGCGGAGCGGGCAGACACUGCGAGAGGCUGGAGUGGCCCAUGAGACGGAGCUCGCCUUCUUCUGUUACGACGACUACAGACAGUACAAGAGGAAUCCAGUGUCGGCCUGGUGACGCUGCUCGGGUGGGCGCCACUGAUCGUCCGACGUCUCCAUACUAUUAGUCAGCGGUGUCUCCUGUUAUCCCGCGGCACUGGAGCGGCAGACAUUUAUUCACUUCACAUCUGAGUAUUAAUAAAAGGAGGUGACGCCCCUCUGCACUCCUCCUGAACAUUAAAACCACCUCACGUCUUC